AAGGAGUAUUAUUCAACCCUACCUGCCUUCCCUUUAGAACUCUUUCUUGCCGUUAUCCUGACUGAAUUUUCCCCAAAAUUUCUCUCUCACACUCUCUGACUCCGAACCAAAUCCGACCAGUGGACGACGUCCCACGGGCCACCACCGCUCAUCUCCGUCAUUUCCAAUGCGACCUCGCCGCCUCGCCUCUCUUUCCUCCUGAAGCGUCUUCAUGAAUUGAUACUCUUCCAUUAUUACAUAGCAUUCAUCAAUCAUCAAGGAUGAAAUCUAUUCUAGGCAUCGUGAUUUAUGCCAAUGUUGGGGUUUCUAGGAAGUUGUGCAGCUCUAAAAUGAUCAGAACCUUUUCUACGAAUCAGGAAUUUGAUGAUAGCAGUUUUAAUCAACGCUCAUUUGAGUCUGCCAAUCCGUCUGAGCAGCGGCCUAUUGAUGGCACUUUCAGGAGUGCACCAACUUUUAAACCAUAUUACCAACGUGUUGAUAGAGCUCAGAGAGAUUAUAGACAUACGAAUCCGGGAUUUGAAAAUAGCAGGAUUAAUCGAAGUUCAUUCCAGUCCCCCAAUUACUCAGAGCAAAGGCCUUUUCGUGAUUCUAUGGAUAAUAAAAGGUUCAAUCAAGGCAAAUUCGAGUUUGGAAAUUUCUCUGACCAGCAGCCUUUUGGUGAUACUACGGGGAAAACAUCAGCAUCUAAAUCCUUUUACCAUCAACUUGAUAGGGCUGAGAGAGAGUACAACAAAUCUUUUCAGGGAUCCGGUGUCAAUUCAGAAAAUACUUCAGCAUCUUUAGACGGUCUGGAUGAGAGUAUUAACACAUUGUGUGAUGGAAUGGAUAGUAAGUUGAAGGAGGCAGCUGCAUAUUUUGAGUUUGACCCUGUUGAAGUUGAGAAAGAUGGUUAUUCUUUCAGAAAGGAUGUGGCUUUUUACCCUGGGAAUACUUAUGACACUAAGGAUCUUGAUCUAAGAAAACGAGCAGUACAAAAGCCAUGGAGAAGGCCAUCAUUUCAAACGACAACAAAGGAAGUCUUGGAAAAAGCUGAUUUCAGGAAUGUUAGAUUUCUUGCCAAUUUCAUCACAGACGCUGGAAUUAUCAUCAAGAGGAGCACGACUGGAAUUAGUGCCAAGGCCCAAAGGAAAGUUGCUAGGGAGAUAAAGACUGCACGGGCUUUCGGCCUUCUGCCAUUUACAACUAUGGGAACCAAACAGUUUGUGUACGGGAGAACCAUGGAGAACCUCGAGAGCGAUUAUGCCUACGAGUCUUACUACCACAACUUUGUUGAUGAUACUGAUGCGAAUGUGGAACCAGUUGACUGAGGACCGAACCCUUCCGGUUUUACCCCCCAAUAAUCUUUCCAGUAAGCUAUGAGUGAAACUGAUUUUGCACGAGAAUUCGCGUUUUUAAGAAACCAUAUUUUGUUUCUUAGUUUUGAAAUCUGUGGAUGUUAUUGAACAGUAAAGCUGUGAGUUUUUCUCCUAUGGCCAAACUCCAAAGCAGUAAUUGAUAUUCUUUUUUUUUAUUGUCUCUGUUUCUGGGAUGCCUU